ACGUACGUCACAGAUCAGCUGGUCUACAUUGCCCCGGCGUGGUUGACGUUGCCAGGGGAAUCCUAUGCCAGUUUGACAUCACCUCUCUCCCCGUACAGCUCGAGUUACUAAAAUCAUUGUAGUGCGUGCUCACAUGGUGUGGAAGUCACUUUGAACCAUGGGUUGUGGUCCUUCAUCCAACAAGCCAGUUGCAACAGCUCCUCAGAAGACGUUGCUAGUAGAAGCGAACGGUCGGCAAGACGCGGCGGAGAGGAGAGAAGAUGGCGUCAAGGACAGACAGGAGAGAGCGGCACAGCAGGCAGAGGAUAUCUCAGCAAAGAAGAUGGAAGAAGAAGCGCCCCCUGUCAGGACGCAGCGAUCAGCAUCAGCAACAGAACGCGAAACUGCAGUAGUGAAACCAACCAGUAGACCAAAUAGUGUAACAGUAGCAUCUAAGCCUAAUGGUGAUGCCUCAAGAGGAGAGCCAGAAGGAAGUCCACCCAGCCCUACUCCAGAAGUACAGAAGAUAGAGGCAGUGGAACUCGGGAAACCAGAAGAGGCUCCCGUCACAGAAACCGAAGCCCCAACAGAGGUACCAGUAACAGAACCAGAAACAAAACCAGAAGACGCACAAGAACAGGGUAAGUCUGAGGCAAACACUCAGGAAGAACAGUCAGGGAACAAGGUAGCCAGUCAGACAGACACUCAAGAUCAGCCAGCCAGUCAGAAAAAGCCAGGAGAGGGUGAGGUAGCCAAUCAGGAGGAAGAUAGGGAAGUAGAGCCAGCCAAUCAGAAAGAGCUUGGUGAAGGUGAUACAGCCAAUCAGGUGCCAGAUCAGUCAGCCAGUGACAAAGCAGAGGAUAUAGGCAGUGAGAUAGAGGGGAAGGAUGGGUUAGCAACUGAGCAGGUUGAAGAAGAAGGAACUGAUGUUGCAAGGUCAUCUGAAGAGCAAGAAGAAACCAAGACAGCAGGCAAGGAGGUGAGUGGCCAGACUUCAGGCGAGAAGAUAGAACAGAUGAUUGAGCACAUCAUGAAGUCGGGUCCAGCCAGUAAAACAGCCCUGACAACCGAGGCAGACCAGCCUAGCAAAGCCAGUGUGGAAAUCAGCCAGAGUGAAACAAAGGUCGACCAACAGCUGCUUGAGGUCAGCCAGAAGCUGCAGAAAGUGGCCAGCGACAGGGAAAUUGAAGCCGCUGAGCAGAAGGCUGCACAGCAAGACAAUGCCAAUAAAUCCGCCAGCAAGACAAGUGUGAAGUCUGCAAGUAAGACAAGUGUGAAGAGCGUUGGCGCUGGCUCAAAAUCAUCUAAAACAUCCGUCGGUGGAAAGACAUCACAGAAGGCUUCCACAACAGAAGUCGCCUCAGCUAAAGCCUCCAAGUCAUCAUCCUUUCAGAGGAUCCUGUCCAAGUUGUCACUGAAGAGGUCCGCCUCAUCACAAAGUAAGAAGUCCUCCUCGGGACUUGAGAUCCGGUCUGUCACUUCCCAGUCACUUGAAGGAAUUGAGAGGGAGGACAGCAGAAUGGCAUCGGUGAUGACGAUCGAAGAAGCAAUCGGGGAUGACGACGCAGAAUCUGAGAAAAAGGUUGAGAAGAAAACUAGCCAGGAUGUAGCCGCAUCAGGUCAGACAGUUAGUGAUAAAGCAAUGUUAGAUCAGGCAGCUAGCACAGAACAGGAGGAAGAAUCAGACUUAGACAUCUCAGACGAGAAGCGUAUGAAGGAGGUGGUAGACAGGAGAGGCACGGUCGUUAUGGACCUAGGCUCCAACAUGUGCAUGGUGAUCGAGGGCUGCGAGUCCAAUCCUGACCCAGCACUGAAUGACAUGAACAUGCCGGUAGUGCAGGAAGAUGAAAGUAGUAAACCUGCUGAAGAGCCAGCUGAAGCUGCUCCAGAACCAGCUGAAACUGCCCCAGAACCGGCUGAAACUGCCCCAGAACCGGCUGAAACUGCCCCAGAACCGGCUGAAACUGCCCCAGAACCGGCUGAAACUGCCCCAGAACCAGCUGAAUCAGCCCCAGAGGAAGCCCCAGCUGCAGAAGAACCCAAGCCAGAGGAAACACCUGCACAGGAGGAAACUCCAGCUGAAGAGCCUGCUGUUGAGGCACCUGCAGAAGAGGCACCUGCAGCUGAGGCACCUGCUGAGGAAGCACCUGCAGAAGCACCUGCAGCAGAGGCACCUGCAGAAGAAACCCCCAAGUCUGAAGAAACAGGUGAAGCAGAGAAGCCAGCAGAGCCUACGGAGGCACCUGCUGAGACUCAGGAAGAGGCACCUGCUGCUGAGGCACCUGCAGCUGAGGCACCUGCAGAAGAAGCACCUGCAGCUGAAGUGACACCAGAAGACAAACCUGCAGAAGCUACAGAGGAGAAACCCACAGACACUCCCGCUGCUGAAUGAAACCCUGAGCAAGCUUUGUGAUUUGCAACUUCUCAACACAAUAUCAACAUGUCCGUCCAGAAGAUUCCAUUUGUGUCCUGGAAGGGGGGGUGCAGGGUUGUACAGAAAAUAUUGUACUAAAUGUGAAAUGUGCACACAUUUAACAUCGCCACCAUUCUCAGUAUUCUUUCAUAUUUAAAACAUGUUUAACAUAUUCCAUACAUUUGUGCUGACACAAAAAUGAUGAUUAUGAUAAUGUGUUAUUGUUCAUCUUUGACAUUGUGUUCCUCACAACCUGUUUUGUCAAGCAAGGUCUUGAAUAGUAUUGUAUAAAGUGUACACUGUUUGCAUAUAUCUAUUUUAUAUAUAUACAUAAUGUUUUUAAGUAUUCACUGUAGAAGGUAUUUGUUGCAUGCGGGUUGAUCAUAUUCAUACCCCCCUAAAAUGCAAUAAUGUCGCGUUGCGUCACAACUUCUGAUCAACGUUUCAGGAACCUUUGUUUUUCACUUUUUGAUUUUAGGAACUGAAUCAGCAAACUUUAUGUGUGCCAUGUCUUCCAAGGCCGGAAUAUCCUAAAAUAUUGUCCAGGUUUGUUCUCGAAUAAAUGGGAUGACUUUUGAUAUCCAAGAUGACGUCUUGGUAACUUAAAACAAUGCUCAAGGAGGUUAUGUGUGCCCCAUCCAAUUUAACGAUAUCUGUGAUUAAUGUAAAUAUCAAAGAGAUAGAUUUUCACACAGUACAAGAGAAAAUGCAACAAGAGGACGAUUUUAAGCCACAGUAAAAAUAAAGAAUGCCUCCGCCCCUGAGGCGUCGCCAAAAAUGGAUAAUUUUGAAACAUCUUCGAAAGGUGUAUAAUCUUUGCAGUGAACAUUUGUAUAGUGCAUAACUUUUACUGUAAACCUGCUGUAAGUUUUUUUCUCACCAUUGUACACACUGUGGUCUCCGAAACCAUGAGUUCUGUGUAAAAACGUGUAAAAAUGGCUAGAUAUAUCAGUAUGGAAUUUGUUGUCAAACUACUGAUGUCGUUUUUCACUAGUUUGAGGUUUUAUGCACAGUGGAAGUGUUAUCCAAUGGAGACAAUAAACGACUAUAUUGUGCAUUUUUAAAGCAAA